AUGGAUCCAUUGAAACAUAUUGUCGCUGGACAACAUGUUAUUUUGAAAUUACCUUCAAAUAAUUCCAAAAUAGUGGAAUUAAAACCAGAUGGUUCUAUAUCGUUAGGUAAAUUCGGUUCAUUUAAUGUAAAUGAUAUUUUAGGGUACGCUUUAGGUACAACUUUUGAAAUUUACUAUAAUGAAGAAAAUCAAGAGACCAAUCAGACAAAUAAGAACAAAAAUCCAGUAGGUCAGGUCAGAGUAAUUGACAAUUCUAAGGACACAUCUGCUAAUGAAGAAAGUCGUGCUACAUCUGAAGAAAAUGAUUUAAAUUCUAUGGAUAGCAGUUUAUCAAACAAAAACUUAAUUAAUGUAGGGAAUGAAAUUCAAAAGAUGACAAUGGACGAAAUUGAACAAUUGAAGAAGCAAUCAGUAUCUGGUAAUGAAAUCAUUGCUAAGAUGAUUGAAUCACAUGGUAGUUUUCAUCAGAAAACAUCACACUCUCAAGAAAAGUAUUUGAAGAGAAAGAAACAAAAAUUUUCAAAACGUUUUACUGUAAAUUAUCUAAGUUCAUCAGCUUUGUUGAGUUUUCUACUUGAAAAGGGUGAUAUUCAACGAGUCAUGGAUAUGUCAGAAGAAUCAAUGGGUAUGUUACUAAAUCUAGCCAAUAUUAGAAGCAAUGGUACCUAUUUAUGUAUGGAUGGUACUGGCGGUCUAUUGGUUUAUUUCUUACUGGAAAGAAUGUUCGGCGGUGAUAUAAAAACAAAAUUUACAGGCAAAAUAGUUGUGAUUCAUGAAAAUGAACAUCCAAAUUUAGACUUGUUGAAAUUCUCAAAUUACCCAGAAGAAUUUAUAAGAGAUCAUGUAAAAACUAUAUCUAUUUUAGAUUAUUUUGAACCUCCUACAGUUGAGGAAAUUCAACAAGGUUUUACGCCAUUAUCAAAGGAAGAAGUUCAUGAGAUGAAAGGAAACAGAAGAAACGCUUAUUUUAGAAGACUAAAAUUAUAUAAAGGCCAACUAGAAAUGGUUGAUUACGCUACAAAAGUCCAGUAUGAUGGUCUGGUUGUAGCUACUACUUUAAGCCUACCAUCUCUAAUUCCAAGAUUGAGUGAGCAUGUGCAUGGUUCUAGACCUAUCGUUUGUUAUAGUCAAUUCAAGGAAACCUUAUUAGAAUUAUCGCACACAUUAUAUGAUGAUUUAAGAUUCCUGGCACCAUCGAUCGUCGAAACAAGAUGUCGACCAUACCAAACCAUCAGAGGAAAACUACAUCCUUUGAUGACGAUGAGAGGUGGAGGUGGUUACUUGUUAUCGUGUAAUAGAGUUAUUCCAGCUCCUGAGCCAGAACCUGUACAAGCAAAAGGCUCGGAAGAACCCAUAGAAACUCUUAAAAAGCAGAAAACCGAAUAA